AUGUCGUUAACGAACCUACCACCUUCUCUGAACGAUAUUUCGAACCAGCUUAGUAGAAGCUUCACCCAGUUGAAGACUACCUUUUCAAAGAUUGACAAGUGCGAAGACCCUUCUCGACAAAGCCAGUUGCUGGAAGAUGUCACUCCUAAACUUAGAGAGUGCAGAAGGUUGAUUCAGGAAUUCGAGCGCGACAUGAAAGACCAAGAAGCAAAGAACUCACCGGAAGUGAACAAAUUGCUGCAGGAGAAGAAAAGGACCCUUGUGAAAGAUCUGAAUGCCUUCGUCACUCUCAAAAAAACUUACCAGAGCGCUAUUCAGGAAGGCCAGAAGGUGAAGCUAAGCGAAGACGGAAGAACAGCUGAAGUUGUGGGAGCUCCCCGGCUAGCAUCUGCGAUGACGAAUGCUCAGCUAAUGGAGGAGGGAAAUCGUGUCAUGGGACAAAUGGACCAAUCUGUUUUAAGAUCCAAGCAGGUAGUUGAGAACACUAUCAACAUUGGGGCAGCAACAGCUACGACUUUGAAAGGACAGACCGAACAAAUGGAGCGAAUUGUUGAUAAGCUUGACAAUUUAGAGUUCUCCCUCAAGCGUACAACCAAGCUUGUGAAGGCAUUGGGCCGACAGAUGGCAACUGAUAAAUGCAUCUUGGCAAUGCUGGCGCUUGUUAUUCUUGGAGUGAUUGCCAUCAUCAUUGUCAAGAUUGUGGACCCACAUAACAAGAAGUUAAGUGACUUUGGUCCCCGAGCUCCUUCCACUUCAAACUGA